AUGGGUUUUAGAACCACAAAGAUCGAUUUCGAGUCCUUUGCUGCGAGAUGGCCAGACCCCGACCCCGCAUAUGCCAACUACGAGCCUGAUCCGGACCGUGUCCCGCUUCCAGGCAAGCUCAAGGACCCUCGUCUCUCCAAACACACGAGAGAGGCAUUGAAACAGGAGUGGCUCGCGCAUAAUCCAUACGUGAAAAGGGAUCCUCGCACGCCCACGAAGCCCAAAUACAGCCAGGACCUGGUUGGAGACACUCCAGAGACACGAGCUCCUGCCAAUGUGGAUACGGGGUCCGAAUCAUGCAAGCGGGAGGACAACCAUGUGAUCUCCGACCGUAACAUUGUCGCCGUGGACCUGAGCAAAGGAUGGCCCGCCCCAACAGUGAGGGAAUAUGGCCCGCCAAUGAGCGUACCUUCCCCAGCCAGCAACAACGGUUUCUUUCAACGAUCUCCAGCUUCGAACGGUGACAACUCCUCUACGGAAUUGCUCAGAAAGUCCCCAUCGCCAAGCCUUAGUAUCUCCUCCAUCGAAGUGCUGAGAGGCUCUCCAUCUCCAAAGAGCCAGGUUUCUUACGCGGGGAGGCUAGAUGAGAAACUGAACGAGAUUUCCAUGACGAGGACGCACGCCUUCGAACGCUUCCGAGCUUCUCAGGAGGUGAUUGGCUGGCAACAGCAGGUUCCUUCCUCAGUCAAAGUCACGAUAUCCGAGCUGAUGACGAUGAAUAAUGGGGAAUUCCGAGAAUUGCAUGACAAUGUCAAAGCUACGUAUGAACAAUUCAGACUACAGCGGGAUGAACGAGACUUUCGGGAGUGGUAUGCCAACUGGCAACAUGAGCAGCAGGACAAGGGCGCCGCUACUCCCGCUAUCCCAGCCAAUGGUCACACGGUUCGCGAUGAUAUCACUCGACAUGGCGCUGUCGGGCAGGAUGAGGAUUGGAGCGACGAGCAGGACGGAUAUGGAAGUGAAGGGGGCGUGGUCCUCAAUGGCAGAAGCGGAUGGAACUGGUAA